CGCCGUUGCUUAAACAUCAUUUCUAAUCGAAUAAUCAUUUUCGUGAAAAAUGUUUCGUUUAUCGUUUUAUGUGCUUAGUGUCUUUGUUGUAUUUUCUGAUGCGGUUACCGACCCGGCAACGACAAAUGCAAACGCAAACGACCUGCAAAAAAUCUUAAACACUCAGAGUUUACAACAUUUCCGAUAUAACUUUAAUCGGGCCAAUCCUUCAGUGCCGACACGAGAUUUUACGUUUCGAAUUCCACCGGGAACUCAAACAUUAAAUGCCGAAGUUGGAUAUGUAAGCAAAAACAACCAGGCACCACUGCUGACCGUCUAUCGAUAUUAUAGAGUACCAGCAAAUGAUGGAAAUCUCUACAAAGUUUAUGUGGAAGCCAACGAAGCUGGCAUGCAUUGGAUUGUUGAAGUGGAUCCAUUUUUGCUGGGCUUGUGGAUCGGAGAGACAAGCAGACCUGGAGCUGACACUAACCUUGAAUUUAAAGCUCUUCAGUCAUUAGUCGGUUGAAAUAAUACUUUCGUUAAAAGCGAUGUAAAUAUGUAAAGAAAAACAUUGUAUACGAAAUUUAACAUUAGUUUUUAAG